UCAUACCUGUCCAACAUGCUAAAUCUCCCCUUUGUCUCCCCAACAAAAUCCAAAUCAUUUACAAGCCAAUAUAGAAGGAAAAAAAAAGUAGACCAGAUGAUUAAAGGACUACAUGCAACUGACAAGGCCCCCACUGCCAUGAAUAGUCCAUAAAAAUUACAUGUUGCAUGUGCCUUUAGAGGCGGCUUGCUGCUCAAAAAAGGUUCUUCCCAUGCUUGUUUAUAUAGUAUGAGCACCUUUUUUUUGUGAUAAUACCUCAACUAAGUAAACAAUGGCACAAGAGAGAAUUGUUUCUGAGAAAAUGAAGCUUGUUCUAGCACUGGUUACACUGCAUUUUUGCUUUGCAGGAUUCCACAUUGUUUCCAGGGUUGCACUUAACAUUGGUGUCAGCAAAGUAGUUUACCCAGUUUACAGGAACAUCAUUGCUUUGCUUUUGUUGAGUCUUGCUUAUUUCUUGGAAAAGAAGGAAAGACCACCCCUUACUUUUCCUUUGCUGGUUCAGUUCUUCCUCCUGGCAUUACUGGGAAUCACUGCAAACCAGGGAUUUUACCUUCUGGGAUUAUAUUAUGCAUCCCCUACGUUCGCUUCGGCAAUGCAAAACUCCGUUCCUGCAAUUACUUUUGUUGCAGCUGCUGCUCUAAGACUCGAGCAAAUUGAUAUUGCAAGAAGACAUGGACAGGCAAAGGUGUUGGGAACCAUUGUAAGUAUAGGGGGUGCCACUAUAAUUACUCUCUACAAAGGCCCCCUUCUAUUGCACCAAUCAAACAUGCAGAACUGGACUUGGGGAUGCAUUUACCUCGUUGGCCACUGCUUAUCAUGGGCUGGCUGGUUGGUUUUCCAGGCUCCUGUAUUGAAGAAGUAUCCAGCUAAACUCACACUCACCUCAUUUACAUGCUUCUUCGGGCUCAUCCAGUUCCUGGUCAUAGCAGCAUUUGUGGAAACAGAUUUCAAUAACUUGAAAAUCCAAUCGAUGGAAGAGCUUUUCACCAUUCUAUAUGCUGGAGUUGUGGCAUCUGGUAUUGUGUUUUCGCUACAAACAUGGUGUAUUCACAAAGGCGGCCCUGUUUUUGUAGCCGUCUUCCAGCCUUUACAGACACUUUUAGUUGCGUUCAUGGCAUUUGUAAUUCUCGGCGACAAAUUAUACUCCGGACGUGUAAUUGGUGCAGUUCUGAUUAUGGUAGGCCUUUAUCUGGUACUAUGGGGUAAAACAAAGGAAAAUGUAGCCGAGGGUGAAGACACAUUGAAAAAGCAUCUUCUUAAAGAUCCUGAAAGUGGAGUUAUAGAGGAUGAAACAAAUCAUGCAUGA